AACAGCUUCUCAGCCUCAUCCUUCCUCUUCAUUCCUGUCGCGAUUAAAUCCAUUACCAACUCGAACAAUGGGUGUCUUCACAUUCAGCGACGAGUUCACGUCUCCAAUCCCCCCAGCUAGGCUGUUCAAGGCCCUGAUCGUCGAUUCACACAACCUUAUCCCAAAGCUCAUGCCCCAGGCCGUCAAGAGCAUUGAUAUCAUAGGCGAUGGCGGGGCUGGAAGCAUUAGGCAGAUCAACUUCACCGAAGGCAGUCACCUAAGCUUCGUGAAGAACCGGGUGGACGAGCUCAACGAGGAGACGUUCACAUACAAGUACACCCUGAUCGAGGGUGGCCCCCUCAUGGACAAGCUGGAGUCAAUCUCGUACGAGGUCAAGUUCGAGCCAACCCCGGAGGGCGGGAGCAAGAACAAAAUGAGAAGCACGUACUACACCAAGGGAGACAUCGAGCUGAAAGAGGAGGACAUCAAGGAAGGCAAGAGCAGGGCCUUGGGCAUGUACAAGCUGUGCGAGGCCUACCUCACUCAGAACCCCGAGGCCUAUGCUUGAAACAAAUGAAGAGUGCAAACUUUGGAAGGAUCAAUUUGGGUCGUUGGUUUGGCUGUUGGAGUUGUGGGUUUUACUUCGCUUUGUCUUGUUGGGAUAGAAUAAGUGUGUUUCGUCAAAAUACUUUGUGGGUCAUCUUAGUGAAUUCUCGGGUCGAUAUUAUCGAAAAUAAUUCGAGAAAACAAGCUUUGCUAUGAAUUAAUAAACAACAAUAUAUUGUCGGUUCAAUAUGCAA